AGAAAAAGUUCUACAACGGAUGCAUUUUUUAAAAAUCCUUCCUCUUUAUAUAGACUUUAAAUUUUGUAAACGAAGCGCAUACCCAAGUUAGAGCUGCAUAAUCAAACGCAUCAAUGGCAAUCUUUGAGCAACAAAAGCCCCAAUAUCACCAAGACCUUGAAGAGGAGGAAGAAGAUUAUUACAAUGAAGGUGGAGAGUCCGACGCAGAGUAUGAUUCGGAUAUGGAUCCAAGUUAUUGCGUCCUUGAGGAGAGUACUCGAGGCAAACUCGCUAAACUCUCUAUCAAGAAGAAAUCAAAAUUUCGGAUUGGCAAAAAUUUGGAAAUGGACGCUGACGUUGAGAUAGACCCAGAAGAGGCGGAGAUGAAUGUGGGAGAAAUUGAUGAGAAAAGUUUUAAACAAGUUCAAGAGAUCAUAGAAGCUGGGAAGCUAGAGAAGCUGAAAGUGGAGCAGUGUAAAGUUUAUUUGAGGAAGAAUGGAUUGAGAUUGACUGGCAAUAAGGACACACUCAUUCAGCGCAUAAAGGAGCAUCAAGAGAUUUUGAAUGGAGGGGAGAAAAAGUAUCCAGUAUCUAGCUUUGUUUUGGAUUGUAAAGGUGAUGCAUGUACUGGUGAUGUUGUUAUGUUUGAGCAGAAUGUUUAUGAACUGUACGAUAUAGCAUCACGUAGCGCCAGAGGUCCUCCUUGCGGCACAAGGAUAGUUGCUGGUCGAAUUGUGAAGGAAAGCUAUGGUGCUGUGAAACAACAGCAUACCUUUACGAUAGAGGUCCUUUGGAGCAAAGGGGAGAAACCCCUCUGUCCACUUCAUCCUCUCCUAAUAAAGGGUAGGAAUUUGUACAGACUGAAGACUUUGAGGCAGAGAUGGGAAAAUGAAGAGGAGAGACGUAAGAUUUUGAUUGAAAAGCACUCAAGGGGUUCUCUAGCUAGGUGUGCAAGAGAAACUCGAAUACAGGAGAAAGAAAGAAGGAAAGUUCUCAGGGAAAAUAGGGCGUUGACAAAGGAGGAGAGAAAUAGGAACCAGUCUCAAUUGUAUGCAAACUUAACAGCAAAUCAGGAAAUUCAUGCUCAGCAAUCAGGUUCAUCUAUUAACUUAGGAAAAGCAGCCCCUGAACCUCGACUGUUGGGUUCAUCUGUUGAUUCUAGGAAGAUGUCAAUUCAAUUACACAGUAAAAUGGGUGGUGGAGCUCAGAAAUUAAUUCAACCUCAUCAUUCAGGAUCAUCCAUUCUUCCUGUUAAAGUGGGAAAUGGAACUCAGCAGCUGGCUAUUCUACCUCAACCUUGGGGAUCCUUUGCUAACAGAGAAAAAAUGGAAGGUAGACAUCUGCAGCCUGCAGCUCAACCUCAGAGAUCAGGAUCAUCCAUUGAUAUGUUAAAGAUGGGUAACAGGCCUUUGAGGCUGGGAAUUCAACCUCAACAGUCAGAUAUAUUGGCUGAUUCUUUAAAACAGACAAAUCGACCUCCUCAACGGUCAGGUUUUUCUUUUGAAACUGGGAAACUGCCAUUUCAGCCCAAACUGCAAAAACACCACAGGGAGAAUGAUAAUUCGCAUAGAGUUCCUCAUAACUUGGUUGAUUAUAGGGGCAUUCAGGAAGUUGAGCAACACAACUGUGAUAAGGUUGGUUCGUGGUUAUCCAACUUCUAUACGAAUGAUGAUCAUCAUAGACAGCCAUUGAGAAGCAUGAAACAUUACCAAGCAAUGGACCCUGUGAAUAGGAAUGGUUACCUACAACAGAAGUUAUGCAAAUUUUAUGCUCAAGGAAGAUGCUAUUACGGAGACAAUUGCAAAUUUUUGCACGACCCAAGAUAGAUUUGUGGCCAAAGGAGGAAAUAGGAAACCUUACGGUCAAGCAGGUUAGCAGUAUGGCCAUACAUAUUUGUGUUGAUUGUGUAGAAGGUUUGAACAUUUUGUUUAAAUUUUGAUAGUUACUUCAUGUUGAGGUUACCAGUAUUGUUUGUGUACUGUUAACCAAUCAAUGAGGCUAUGCUUAAAUUCUUUCUUUAACAGUUCUGUAGCAUUAAGCUUUGGAUAAUACUUGCAUUAACACUUGCGGAA